CUAAAACCCUAGCCGACAAUCAUUUUCUUCUGUAUAUGCUUGUGCUCCGAGCUGCUGAGGCACCGCGAAUACGCAAUGGGGAUACCUGCAUUCUACCGGUGGCUGCUUGACAGAUGCCCGCUCGCCGCCGUCGACGUCAUUGAAGAAGCUCCGGUCGUCGUCAACGGCGUUUCGGUUCCCGUAGACUCAAGUCUACCGAACCCUAACGGCAUCGAGUUCGACAAUCUGUACCUUGACAUGAACGGAAUUGUUCACCCCUGUUUCCACCCUGAAGGCCUGCCUGCUCCGGAAACUUAUGAGGAGGUGUUUAAGGCGGUGUUCAAGUAUAUAGACCGAAUUUUCUCGAUGAUUAGACCUCGGAAACUCUUGUUUAUGGCAAUUGAUGGUGUUGCACCACGUGCUAAGAUGAAUCAACAACGAUCAAGACGUUUCAGAGCUGCUAAGGAUGCUGCUGAUGAACUUGCUUCAAAGGCAAAGAAAGUUGAAAGGCAGGCCUCUAGACUAGAGAGGCUGAGAGGAGUUUGUAAAUCAGCAUGGGAAGAGAAAACUAUUUCGGCGCAUACAAAAAAGCUGGAUUCAAAUGUUAUCACACCAGGAACUGAAUUCAUGUCAUUACUGUCGUUGGCUCUUCAAUAUUAUGUACGCUUAAGGUUGAACAUGGAUCCAGGGUGGAGAGGAAUCAAGGUCAUUCUGUCUGAUGCCAGUGUGCCUGGCGAGGGGGAGCAUAAGAUAAUGAGUUAUAUCCGCUUACAAAGAAAUCUGCCAGGAUUUGACCCAAACACGAGGCACUGUUUGUAUGGAUUGGAUGCAGACUUGAUCAUGCUUGCACUGGCUACACAUGAAAUCCAUUUCUCAAUUUUAAGAGAGGAUGUCCGAAAGGCACAUAUGGGUAAUAGAGGUUUAAGAGAAGCCUUGAGUAGGCAAGGGAAAGCGUCUCGCUUGAACCUAGAAGACUAUAUAAUGAGGCAGAAAUUUCAGUUUCUCCAUGUAUGGGUACUCAGGGACUAUCUAGCAUAUGAGUUGAGAAUACCAGAUCCAACAGUAACAGCAGAUUUGGAACGCCUAAUUGAUGAUUUUGUCUUCAUGUGUAUGUUUGUUGGAAAUGACUUUCUACCUCAUGUGCCGUCUUUGGAGAUAUCUCAGGGGGCCAUCGAUCUAAUAAUGGUUGUCUACAAGAAGGAAUUUGUUAAAAUGGGCGGCUAUCUGACUAAUUCAUUUGAGGUAAAUUUGGAACGUGUGGAGCACUUUGUACAAGCUGUCGGUUCUCAUGAGAGUGCAAUUUUCAGAAAACGUAGUCAGGUGAAGAAAGAAAGGGACCUUCGUUUUGCUUCUCAUACUCAUUCUGGCAUUGAGAAGAUUCAAAGCUCAAUAAACCAAGUAAACAGUGAUGGGAAUCAUGUUAUUGACCAGGUUAAACUAGGAGAAGAGGGAUGGAAAGAGAGAUACUACUCUGAAAAGUUUGAGGCUAAUUCAGACGAUGAUCGUGAGAAGAUUCGUAGACAUUCAGUCCUAAAAUACAUAGAAGGCAUUUGUUGGGUCAUGCAUUAUUAUUACCAAGGAGUCUGCUCUUGGCAAUGGUUUUAUCCCUACCAUUAUGCCCCUUUUGCUUCAGAUUUCUAUGGCCUUGAUCAAUUGGAGAUUAACUUCACACUAGGGAAACCUUUCAAGCCAUUUGACCAGUUAAUGGGUGUAUUACCUGCCGCAAGUGCACAUGCACUUCCUUUCUUUUACAGGAAUUUGAUGACAGAUCUAUCAUCUCCUAUUUUGGACUUCUAUCCCACAGAUUUUGAGCUAGAUAUGAAUGGGAAACGCUUUCCUUGGCAGGCUAUUUGCAAAUUACCCUUUAUUAAGGAGUCCCGCCUUCUUUCAGAAAUUGCUAAGGUGGAGCACACAUUGAAGGAUGAAGAAAAACAAAGAAACAGUUUGGGCCUGGAUAUGCUCUUUGUUUACAAAUCUCAUCCUUUGGCGAAGAAGAUCUUUUCUUUCUACAAGCGAAAUAAAGAUCAUCCAAAGUUGCCUAACACUAAACUCAAAAGGAAGAUCAAUCCUGAAGUGAGUGGUGGGAUGAAUGGAUUCAUGUAUAUUUCUGAUAAACCUGUCUGUCCUCUGGAGAUCGAGUCCCCAAUCAGUGACAUGGCAAUGAUUAUUAAGAAUAAAAUCGUAUCUGUUUUUUAUAAAUGCCCCUCUUUUCAUCCUCACAUCCCAGAACCACCAAAAGGAGUAAAUAUACCUGAGAAGUGUGUCAGCAAACAGGAUGUCUUGCCUCCACCCGUUUUAUGGCAUGAGCAGUCAGCCAUUCAUGGACGUGUAUUUUCUGAAAGGCCCAUCCCCAAUUCCAUCUCUGGUCUUUAUCUUGCAAAAUUGGCUCAUCGGCUUGUGUGCGAGUAUUAUCAUGCAAGGCCAGGAAGCCAAGGAUGCAUGCAAGUUGACAACAACAAUAUUGAUGUUGGUGUGGACGACCUGCCAUGCCAGUCAAACUCGAGAGCUACAGUUUGUGGGCAAGAACUAGAUGGAAGCAGUGGGAACUGCAUGACAAAUAAUCCUAAGAAAAGGGGGAGAGAGACUGGCAAAUCUAGUAGUAGAAAAAGGAGAAGAAAUAAUGAUAACUGAGCUUGAGGAAAGACCUAGGGUGCACAUGGCUGUUUUCUAGUAUAUGUUCAUUCUGCUGCUCCUAGCUGUUAGCGCCACACUAGCUGCUGGGGACUUGCAUAAUUCUGCCCCCGAGUCAGCAAAGAUUAACUACCUCUGCUGAAUGUUUCUAAAGGGGUUUAUCCUCAAAAGGCCUUUCUAAUAGUUUCUGUUACAAACUUAGAAAAAGGAAGCGGGAAGGUUUUCGUGCUGCUCACGAUAGCUCAAAGAAAGUGACUCAAAGGAGUUCAUCUCGCAACUUUAGGAGGAAGAAAGAGCAUAAAAACAAAGUGCACAAAAACUU